CCUGCCCGCGAAGGGCCACGGCCGCCGCCGCCCCGGUGACGCCCCGCUGUGGGCGCGGCCGCACUUCCGCCAUGGCGGCGGGGCGGGGCUGGGCUGGCAUGGCGGGGCCGGCGGCGCUGCGGCGGUCGUGGUUGUUGGCGCUGGGCGGCCGGACGAGCCGGUGCUCCGCUUCACCGUGUCCAGGCCGAGCGCUGCCGCGGCCCCCGGCCGGCCCUGCCCGCCCGGCUGGCUGCCUGCUGCGCUGGGCGUCGUCCCUGUCAGAGCCGGGCCCGACGGAGAGCGGCCCCAGCGAAGGACAGAUCUUCCUCAGCGAGAGCUGCGUGAAGAGGCUGCUGGAGAUUGCAGAAGGAUCAGAGUUUCUCAGGCUGCAGGUGGAAGGAGGUGGCUGCUCUGGCUUCCAGUACAAGUUUUCCUUGGACACAGUUAUCAAUCCUGAUGACAGAGUGUUUGAACAAGGUGGUGCCCGUGUGGUUGUGGAUGUGGACAGCCUGGCCUUUGUGAAAGGAUCCAUGGUGGAUUUCAGCCAAGAGCUGAUCCGAAGCUCCUUCCAGGUGGUGAGCAACCCCCAGGCAGAGAAGGGUUGCUCAUGUGGGACUUCCUUCUCUGUCAAAUUCUGACUGGACUUACCAUGGAUGGACAUUGUUUGCAGACACUUUUGGCAGUCUCCAAAGGGUUUAUGUUUCUUUUCCCUGCUGCUCCCUCUCAUCUCCCUUACCCUGUGACACACCUGUUACACAUUACUGCAGCUGUGUGUGUGUGUGUUUGCACUGAGCCUGCCUCCAAGACUCGUUGGCCUUCCCUUCAGAAACGAUGAAGUAACCCUGAGCAUACACACAGGAGCAUCUUCAGUGCCUUGUGAACCACUGGCCAGAUGAUGCUGGCUGGCCUGCCCUGUCCUGAAUGUGGAACUACUUAACUGUCUCUGCAAGAGAAAGCUGUGUAUAUAUAUAUAUAUAUAUAUAUAUGUGUGUGUGUGUUUAUUGAAAGUUCUUCCAAAACAAAGUCUAUGAGAUUGGUUAGUAUUGCUUGUGCAUUUCCAUGGAGGUAGAAUCUAGGUUCUUUCAGGCUAGUGUUGCUUAUUCCUUGUCUUCCAAGUGAAUGAGACUUGGAGUCUUUCUCACAUGUACUGCUAGCUCUCCACUGCCCAGCUUACAAUGGGCUUUUCCAGAUACUUUUUUCUGGCUGAGCAGGAUUCUCUUGGUCCCAGGAACCUAUGGUGGCUUUGCUGUAAGUUCUUGGGAUGAUGGUUUUUACUUGUUCAGAGUAAGUGAAACCAAAAAAAUGGAGGUAGGAAGAACUUACGUCUUUUAUAUAUAAAAAGAAGAAAACCCUUGUAUAUAUAUAUAUAAGUAAAAUACACAACCCUCUAUGCUCCAGUGCUAUUUUAGGGUGUUCCUAAGCCUCACUUGGAAUUUUAGGUCAUAUAGACUCUCAGGUUUCAUAGUGUGGUUGCUGCGUGCUCUUGCCAGCAGGAAGGGAGGUUGAGGUGAUAGAGACAGAGGAGAGCAGGAGUAUUGCCUAAGGGUUUGCAAGUCCUUUUGACUUAGAGUUGUCUGGGAAGCUUUUCCAUAACUAGGUUUACUAUUUAGUCUCUGUCUAACGUGCUUGGUUUGGUGAAGGACUGGAAUAGCUCCACUCCUUUCUAAGGCUGCCAUGGAAUGAGAAGUCUAGAAGUUUCCAGAAUAACAUCCUUUCGAUUAGUCAUUUUCUAUAGUUUCUUAUCUGCCACUAGAUGUCUUUUAAAUCAGUGAUUCACCUGCCUCUGGAUGAAAGGAGUUUGGGAAGCUAUUUUUGUUCCCUCUUUUGUGUUUUAUCUGAUCAUAACCAAAUUGUUUAAGACUUGAGUCUUUCACGUGAGUGUGGGAGCACUGCAAGACUUUGGUCUCAAGGGAACCGCCUAUGGCAAACUUUUCAAGACUGUGCCACAGGCAUUUUUUGUUGAGCUUCCCAAAUGCCUUUUUAAACUAUUUAGUAGUGCCUGUGUUUAGCACUGUUUUGCCUAUUUAUUUCUAGUGCUCAGAGCUGCUAGCCAGCUAAUUUCAGUUUCAUCAGUACAUGUUACAGGAGCUCGUGUAUGAUCUGCUCUGACUUUGUCACAAAGGGAUGCACGUCGAUAGGAUGUGGUGCAGUGGCUCUUUCAGUUUAGCCCUUUCCAUUUCCUGUAGUCAACAACGUCUGCCUAGUUAUGUUGCUGUCAGAGAGAGGGGUCACAUUUUAUAAAAGGGACUAAAAGAAUGUGGUUGAAAGAUUUGUCUAAUCAGGGUGUUUUAAUCUUACCUUUAUGCUCCCAGAUCUUGAAGGUGAUGUCAGCUAGGACUGCCUUUGAAAAGUGUAAGACCUUAAAGCUUGUGUAGGUGGAAUACAUAAGAUAAACUCAAUUUCUCUCAGCUGGGAUAGCUGUAAGGAGGCCAGAGGAGUUGCUUUCUGAACCAGCAAUCCAUUCUUAGUCCAUUUCACACAGACUGACCUAGGUCAAGUCUCUUUUGAGAUCUUUUAUUGGAAAUAAAAGUGCAUCAGUAGUGCUGCAGAGGUAGCAAACCAGCAGCUACCAAGAUAUUUUUUCCCUGGAAUAAAGCGAGCCUUCAGCCCCUGUAAA